AUGGGUAAUAGUCAAUCACAACAAGCUACAACAGCGCCGUCGCUGGCAAUGAUGGCUCAAUCUACGGCAAGAAUUUCUUCCUCGCGGCCGAUGACCAUGAGUGCUAUAGCGUCGCCCAUACCAGCCGUCUCCCCUACAUCCCCUAAUGGAACAUUCACACAGUCGACAUCUUCAAUAUCGGUUUCUACAGAGCAGAUAAUGUCAGCAAUUACACAAGCUGCAGCUCCAGCUGCAGCUCAAGCGCAAGGAACAGUAACAGUCGAGAUUACCACAACACAGUCUGCUGCUCCAGCAGCAGUUGAGCCUCAAGCAACGACAACGAUAGAAAUAACCACAACCGAAACCGUCACCGCACAAUCACAAAUGGCUCCCUCAAGCAUACCAAGCGAGCCCGCCACCUCCAGCACCAACACAGAUAAAGGAACUACAGGAACCGCCAAACAAGCAGGGCUAAACUCGCCCACUGAAGACAAACCAUCUCCGGCCCUGCAGGCCGCACAACUAGAUCCUACAAUACCAUCAAUUACCCAACCAAAAGUCGGACCUUUCUCGCCCGUCGCAGCAGUCCUCGGAGGAAUCCCGAAUAAAAACGUCGAUGUACCGAUUACAGUUGUGUUUCUGAUUUUGUUUAUUGUGGGAGCUGCUUCACAUUUCAUUAGACAUGAAAUUAACUCAAAGAGGGGUCAUAAGUUUGUUAUCUCAGAUAUGAUUUUUGAUUUUUGUAUGGUCAGGAAUGUAACUUGCAUCAUGAGAAUUGUGUGGGCGUUUCGUCCGGAGAACAAUAGUAUUGUUGUUGCGGCCUUGAUUUUUGAAAAUGCUGGAGUUGUCGUCCUCUUCGCCGUAAACGUAAUUUUCACCCAGCGAAUCCUCCGCGCUACCCAUCCAAAUAUCGGCUGGAAUCCCAUCGUCUCGAAAGCUUUCCUCGCCAUUUUGAUAUCAGUCCCCUUUAUCAUAUUCUGGAACAUCAUCUCUCUCACUAUCAGUUUUUUCACGCUCAAUCCUCGCUCUCUUGAAACAACGAAGAAUCUCCUGUUAUUCGGUUCAUGCUGGACACUUUUUCUUUCGCUCUUCCCAGCCAUCUUCGUUACUCUUGCUACCGCAAUUCCAUCUUCUACUCCUGUUGAGAAAUUCGGCGCCGGGAGAUUCAGAAUGAAGCCCAUAAUUCUGAUGUUAGCUACAGCACUUCUAGUCACUGGUGCAAUUACACGUCUUCUCGGAGCUGUGAUUGAGAAACCACUUAGUGCACCUAGUCAUCUAUUCAGCAAACCUGUUUUCUAUACCACUGGAUUUAUGCUUGAGAUUAUAGUUGUAUAUGGAUAUUUAUUUCUACGCGUGGAUUUGAGAUUCUGGGUUCCGAAUGGAAAGGGUAGUCCUAUUGCUGCAGGAAGCGCAGGAGCAUAUACAGUGAAAUCUGAGGAUGAUGAAGAGAAACUUGUGGAUGGAUUGGGAGAUGGAAGAGAACCACGCGCGCCCUCAAGUCUUUAUGAGAAAUUGUAUGGGAAUGUGGUGAUUGGAUUGGAUACCAAUGUUCCUGUUUCUUCGGCCGAGAAGGUUUCGGCUGCAAUUGCGGAUUUGAGUAUGAGUACUCGGGGAGAGAUUUUCGGAACGCAGGUGCAGAGUCCAAGUGAGGAUGUUGUGUUGUAUGCUUUUAGGGUUGGGGGAUCUGAAGAUGGAAUGCCUAUGAGACCACCGCGUGCUAUUUCGUGGGCGGAAAAAUCAGGUGGUAGGGGAAAUAAUGUUGAAGAGUUUAUGUGA